AUGGAGGAUCUCCGUGAACUUUCCAGGGAGUUGGUGAGAGACAUUUUAAACUUAGCAGAGGAUGUAGAAGCAGGACCUGCUGAAUCAGAGCAUGUAGCUAGUAAAGCAGAGGAACUUAUUGAAGUUGUUGGAGUCAUUUCCGCACUUUCCGACGAAGAUAUCGACCACAGAGUGAUUGCAAAUCUAGAAGAAGUUGUCCACCGCUUCUCUGGUACCAGGGCGCAUCAGGCCCAACACACACAGGGACCGGGGCGUUUGCCGUUUGACAUACCGAGUGCAGUUCUGGAGCACCAAGUUCUUUGUGGAGUUCCCGCAGUUCAAAUUGCAGCGAUGUUCGGAGUGUCAAAAAGGACUAUCAAGAGGCGCAUGCAACAAUACAGUUUAAGAAAAACCGAUCUCUAUUCAGCUGUGAAUGAUGAGGAGUUGGACCAUAUUGUAAGUGAAAUUCACAGAAGUCAUCCAAACACCGGCUACAAGCUAAUGCGUGGUCACCUGAAUGCAAGAGGUGUGCGUGUUCCAAUCUCAAGACUGCAAGAGUCUUUACGCAGAGUAGAUGCAGAGGGAGUCCACAUGAGACGUCUGAGGCUGCGUGUAUUAAGGCGACGGCAGUAUUUUGUUCCUGGCCCAAACUCUUUGUGGCAUAUAGAUGGCCACCAUAAGCUCAUCAGGUGGAGAUUUGUUGUCCACGGUGGGGUGGAUGGAUUCAGUCGUUUAGUGGUCUACCUGACUGUGGCUGGCAAUAACAGAGCUCAUACGGUCUUACAGAGCUUUAUCGCCGCUGUUGAGCAGUAUGGGCUGCCAUCAAGGGUACGGUCUGAUAAAGGGGGGGAGAAUGCAGAUGUAGCAGAAUUCAUGAUCAGAAGCAGAGGUACCGACAGGAAUUCACACAUCACAGGCAGAAGUGUCCACAAUCAGCGAAUAGAGAGGAUGUGGAGAGAUGUUUAUGAACAUGCCCUGGACCUCUUCUAUCAGAUCUUUACUUCAUUGGAAGAUCAGGGAACACUGAAUCCAGACAAUGAAGUCCAUCUUUUCGCUCUGCACCGGAUUUUCCUUCCACUGGUCCAGCAAAGCCUAGACUCUUUUCGCGACGCUUGGAACUUUCACGGUCUGAGAACUGAAAGGAAUCAGUCACCACAGCAACUCUGGAGAAGAUACAGAGAGCAAGGCCCUGAGGAGGAUCCUACUGAGAUUUCUGAAGAGUAUGGGAUCGACUGGAACGGACCUCACGGCCUUCAUGGAGGCACUGUAUCAGUCCCUGAGGUUCAGCUGGCCCGUGAGCUCUCAGAUGAAGAGGUUGCAAUUUUGCCAGCUCCAGGAGUUUCUGUUACUGAUGCGCUUAGAUUAUAUGUAGAGACUGUGGAAGUGUUAUCAAGAAUCUUAGACUGAUGUCCAAGCCAUGUUUUUAUUUGUUGUGUUAGAACCAGCAGUCAAAAACUGAAAGUUUGCUUUCCUUUUAAAAGAAAUAUAUAUGCAGAAUAAAAAAAUGAAUAACAAAAGGUCAACUACUGCACAGUGUGUUAAUCUAAGUUUUCAAAGACUCUGAACAGUGUAGGCAUUGACAUUAGGGCUGGGCAAUAUGGAGAAAAUCAAAUAUCACAAUAUUUUUGA